AACACUAUUUAACUGAUUCUCCGGUUUCUUUAUGGCGCGAAACUUCCUCUCGCGCUCUUUCAAUGACCAGCUUAGGGUUUCGUCCUCCUCAGUUCUCCGAGGAUUUUGCUUGGCUACCUACUUGGCUUCAAAAUCUUCAGGUAGAGGCAUCUGCUACUAAUAACCGCAUAAAGGAAACCCAAACUAGUACCAGUCAAAUUGAAAUUUUGUCAAGAGAAGAGGGUGGACAUAAUAGUUGCCAUUUAUUUUUGUCUGGAGAAGAUACUUCCCAAUAUAGUGUUGCCCCAUCACCAGGAAAUGUGCUUCACCUAUGUUUACGACUUUCUUCAGAUGGGGAAUCGCUCGAAAGCCAAAGCCAGUAUUUAUGUGCAUCUCAACCCAUGCAUGGUUCUAACAAAGUUCCGUUAUUGCAACAAAUUGAAACUUCAGCUGGCUCUCAAGAGAAAGCAUAUCUAUCAAAAGUGAAUGAUAACCAUGUUGUAGUAGAAGCAUCACCUCUAAAUUCUGUCCCAAUAGCUGUGGGGAAUGUUGGUCAACAAUCCCCAACCAAUAAUGAAGAAAUUGGGAGGCAGUCUGUAGAAAAAGUUGAUUGUAGUACUGAUGGAGAAGUAAAAAGUGACAUUCCACUAGCCGUAGAGAUUACUGGUCUUUCAUCUUCCGCCAAGUACAGGGAGAGCGGAGUUCGUGAAGAAAAAUUCAAUGUCAGGGACAUAAAAAAUGCUGAGGUCAGUGAUGCAGUUGAACUAUGUAUAGCUGCAUCUGAAGCAUUAGUUAUACAUGAGUUGAUGAGGAGUGGGUCAGCCGUAGAAGUUUUCUCAACAGGAAAUAUUCUUGAAGCUGCACUCCAGAUUAAGAAAGCACGAUUGAAGGGUCUAGAAGAUGGAAUCUUCUGCUCAUCUGAAGAAAUUGAUGAGAUUGAUUUCCUUUCGGACUUAGAUGACUCUGUUAUGGAGAGUGCCUUCCAAGAUGUGGGAUUAUCUUUCAGUGAUCCUGAUGUUCAGCAUGCUUGUAAUUCAGAUAUGUGUCAAGUGAAGGAUACUCCUUUAGAAAAUCAUUAUAGGGAUCUCAAUGGCUCCACACAUGUACAGCUCAAGGCUCAAGAUAAUGUUUUUGAUGGUUCGGAUUUGGGCUUGAACACUUCUAAACUGGCUAGCCUUGCUGAUAUCGUUUCAUAUCAGCCAGGUGAGGAAGUUUCACAUGUUUCAGCUGAGGCACAGGUUGAUGUAAACUCAUCUCCUGCUUGUAAAUCAGAAAAUGCCGAAAGAGAAGAUAGAAUAUGUUCUCCAAGUGCAGAUACAUUCAAAAGUCGCUGGUUUGGUGGUUGGAUGGUGAAGGAAUCAGACGCUUCUGCAAACUUCAAGCAAAACAACACUAAAGGCAUACCAGAGUUUUUUAAUGGCGAGACAAGCUUUCUCUCGGAAUCUGCAUAUGCUGCAGAUGAAAACUCUUGUGUGCAAAAACAUGAUUCUGGGUCCAAGAUAGUAUAUUCCUCCAGCAUACCUUUUGGAGAUGCACUUGAUAAAGCUGAGGAAGGGAUUUUGAGUUCCCAAGAGGUUAGAUCUUCCGACCAAUCCUUGGUGGAUCCUCUUUGUUCUAUUGUUCCUUGCAGUAUCUCUUCAGAGAAUGCAAGUGUUCCUUUAGCUCAGAAUCAAGAUGAUAGAGAAGCUGAUGCUCAAAGCUGCUUCAACACAGAAUCAGGACUUAGGUUAGACAAUGUCCAGAGGAUGUCUAAUGUUAACGUUAAUGGUUAUGUGGAUGUGGAUGCUGUGCCCACAAGUACUGGUGUGUGUCUUGAGGCCCCAGUUCGAAUGCAGCUGACCUCACUUAAAACUUACAGCACAUUCUUGCCAAAACAUGAUGUCAUUUUGAAGGCACAGAGACCAUACCGGACUCAACAGUUAUCAUCAGAACAUGUUGGAGAACCGCUUCUGUUGAAACAGAAUGUGCAUUCUCAUAGUUCUUCUGAUCGUAGGAAUUCUAAAUGCUUCUUGCCUCUUAGGCCUGAAAUUAAGUGUUCUGUUGAUAAAGAUCAUGAACAAAAUCAUGGUCCCACUGUUAUACAGAGUCCAGUUGCAGAUCAUGAUGAACCUGCAAAAGAUGGAGCUGAGCUGCCUGAGCAACAAGUCCAGCCUUCAGUGAAAACGAUAUCACCGCUUAUUCUAAACCGAAGGAAAUGCUGCCGCCUGAACCCUUCUGAACCUGUUAAAGCUGUACCUGGAAUGAAAAAUCCUGUACAGAUUGUCUCAAAACGAACCGUAAGCAAGGCUUUUGAAAGAAAAAACGUUCAAAUGAUAAACUCUAAGUUGAACAAUCCCCCUAGUCCUUCAAAUUUGGUUAGAAAGCAAGUUCGUUUCUCAGAACUUGAAGUUGAGCUUAAUAAGGAUGUCCAACAGCCCGAAACUUCAAAAAAAGAUUGUUUUGCUGUCAGAGCUAAUAAAAGGUCAAAAAAUUCCAAGAUGUGGUCUGAUUUUCAGGCUCAAGAUGCGAAAAGUUGUUUGACUGGUUAUACAAAUGUUACAAAGAGACCGAUGUUUCAUGGUCUAGAAUUCUUGCUUACAGGAUUUUCUAGUCAAAAGGAAAGAGAUAUUGUCAGACUAAUACAAGAUUAUGGUGGCAUGGUUCUCAUGGAUGUCCCAUGUCCCCCUUCAAUUUCUAGGGCCAACAGAAGGUUAAAAUCUAAUUUCCAGCGGCUUCCUAUUGUUUUAUGUUCAAAGAAGCUACAAACUUCCAAAUUCUUAUACGGCUGUGCAGUGAAUGCCCUCGUUCUAAAUGUAAAAUGGCUUGCUGAUUCCAUUGCAGCAGAUUCUGUUGUACCUCCUGAAAAAUACAUUAUUUUACCAAAUCAGGCUGUUCUCCAGUAUACAAGAUUUAGAAAGUCAUAUAAUCAUGAUAAUAGCAAACGUAUUUUUGAUGGAGUAGGGAUCAUGCUUCAUGGAAAGCACAGUUUCUGCACUAAAUUGACAACUAUAAUCAAGGGACUGUUGGUUUCACAUGAUAAAAGGAUGUCUUGGAAAGGGCAAAAGUUGAGAUGCAUUCCAAUUCAUAUGAAAUGUCCAAAUACUUCUUCCUGAGAGUAAUUUAUGCCCUGGUAUGACACAACACAAAUGCAAAUAAUAGACAGGACAGUGGUACCUUCAACACUAUCACUGUUCAUCAAUGACUUGUCGAUCAGCUACUUUCAUGCAGCUCACUUUGUAAAUUGUAAUGUUAUUUUUUCCUGUUAAUUUCACCCAUUCUCUCUCUCUCUCUCUCUCUCUUAAUAGUUAAAUGAUCUCAUACUGUGACUAAAUAUGUUCUCCAAUGGUUGAGCUGCUCAGCAUGGAGGUGGGCAGGUGUUCAAAACUCUCCAUAGGUUGUUUCAAAGUAUUGACGCUGAAAGGAUAUCAGUGGGAGCUAUUGUUGCUGAGGAUGAUAGUAGAACAUCACGUCACUUGAGACACUGUGCUCU